GAUAGAAUUGCAUCGUGGAAAAAGAAGGCUUAUCUGAUACAUCGGAUAGCAGUGGGUCUUACUCCCCAGCGCGCUCGGGUUUUAUCUCCGCCUCGCUCGUAGCGCGUGAAGAGGAAACUCGAACGCAUUCGUUCUCUCUCUUUCUUUAGUCGCGUCGAGUGCGUGCGUUGGAUCAAGCGCCUUUCCCGUGUCUGCGCUAGCACUGACUUUCUUCCGCGACAGAAGAAUAUGCCGUGACGCUCCGCGACCAAUGUCCAUAAAUGAGUUUUCGUUACGUAAGAUUUGUGUGCAUUAUUAAAUUGUGGCGCCGCGGAAAGACUUGUGAUUGGCAUCGAUGCGCAAUGACGCCAACGAGUCGUUGCCGUCGCACGUAGUGUGUCCGCGUAAUGUCAAGUGCGCGCGUUACGCCGACACGAUGAUCGACGCGAAGACUUUGCUCUCUUGAACGAAAUAAGCUCCAGUCGGUUUAUGAAGUGAAGAUCAUGAAGAUCGAGCGCGUGUCCAUAUGCGAGCGUAUACAGCUGUACUUUCUUGCUUUUGCCUAUGGAUGGUAUCUGAUUGCAAGGCGCCUUGUCCGAUGGGCAUGGAAUCCUAAACAAUUUUUCCUGUUACAACCGAGAGACAAGCCACCUCCUUGCCUGGUUGAUAACACUUUUGGCAAGCAUUCGUAUAUUAAGCUUAAGGGUAUAAAAUUUCAUUACGUAGAGGCUGGAGACAAGAACAAACCAUUGCUAUUACUACUACAUGGAUUUCCAGAUUGUUGGUUAUCUUGGAGAGAACAAAUUCCUGUUCUCUCGCAACAUUUUAGAAUUGUAGCUUUAGAUUUGAAAGGAUUCGGUGACAGCGACAAACCAUUAAAUAAAGGUUCAUAUAGAAUCGAGAUUCUUCUUGACGAAUUAAAACAGUUUAUUUUUGCUCUGGGAGCAAAAAGUUGCAGCAUUAUUGGACACGACUUGGGUGGCCUUCUUGGAUGGUACAUGGCAGCUCUGCACGAUGAUGUUUUAUAUAAAUUUGUAGCGAUUUCUAGCCCACAUCCAAAUUUUUAUUGGAACUGUAUGUCGGACAAUACAGUUUUCAGUCGAAAAUGGUUGCACUUCAGCCGGUUACCUUUCUUACCGGAAAUCGAUGUUUUAAAAGAAGAUCUUUCAGUUAUUAACGACACAUAUAAGCAUCUUCACGUAAAAGAAAGAGAAUGUGAAAAUGACAUUGUCGAAGCUUAUAAAUAUGCUUUUAGUAGAAAAGAGGACUGGACCGGACCUAUAAAUUAUUUUAGAAACUUACCUUUCACCCGUUUGGGUACAAGCAACAAUCAGCAAAUUGCGACCAAAAGUCUUUUAAUAGUUGGAAACUCUGAUCCUUCGGUUUCUCUAGAAGAUAUUGUUCACAGUACGGAGUACGUUGAACAAUCCAGUGUCAAAGUUGUACAAGGCGCUGGCCACUUUCCACAUCAAGAAAAGCCGGAAUCAGUCAACGAGGCCAUAAUUAAAUUUCUUGUUGGCCAACCAGCGGUGGAGAAAACAACAUCCAGGAGUAUUGUGUCUUCGUGGUUAGGCUCUCUAAGCACUACUGUGAAAUAUGGAAAUCAAAUGUUUGAUGCUGUGCAUAAACGGACAAACGGAGUCGUCAAUGGUCUGCCGAGUAAAGUGCUUUAUCUAGGACAAACAACUGCAACAACGUAGCGACGUACUUUUUA